AUGGGGGGCCCGGACCCCCCCUCCCAUUUCGGGCCCUCCCCACAUGGCCCCUCCCGCAGCGGGGGUGUCUGGGAGCAGCGCUGGGUGACCCUUGGCCCCCCCGGUUCGGGUGCAGCAGACGGCACAGCCCCAGCGUGGGGAGGGGAAGGGGGGGGGGGUCGGUCACCGGUGCAGCCCCCACCACCGGCACAGUGCGGCCCCAGGCCGAGUGUCUCCGUGUCCCCCCCACCCGUUGUCCCCAUCGCCCACCCCGGGGGUCUCGGGGACACCGUCCGGCCCCCCCGGUUGUCCCUGAGCCGGGACACGUGUCCCUGCCGUGACCCUGAUGCCGCCUGUUGCUUUCCAGCCGUCCCUGUGGACGGACGGACGGACGGGAGGGGAGCGAUCCCGGGGGGACCCCGCAGCGCCCACCGCCCCCAGCCCCGCCGGGAACCCGCAGGAUUUGUCCCUAUGGUCCCCCCUGGGCUCCUCCUGGGGGUCCUGGGGCUGGUGGCCCUGGGGCCGGGGGGGACAUCGGAGCCGCUGCCCGAGGACGCGGCGCAGGAGCACGGGUAUUACCUGCAGCAGCUCUUCGGGCAGUACGGGGGGGCCAACGGGACCCUCCCCUCCGAGGGGCUGGCGAGGCUGCUGGGCAGCCUGGGCUUGGGCCGCGUCCGGGUGGUCCAGAUCCAGCACGAGGAGCUGGGACACGGCCACGUCGCCCACCUCGAUGUGCUGGAGGUGCAGGAGGAGAAGCACCGGCACCGGCACCCGGCGUGGGAGCACGAGGGGGACCCAGCACCCAGCGCUCCCCCCACGCACCGCUCCCCCAGCCUCCCACCCUUCCUGACGAAAAGCUGGACGGAACCAGCACCCACAGAGCCCCCCGGGACCUCCCCAGCCCCGCGGUGGGACCAGCCUGGCCUGAGCCUGCUGGGGAGGGUCCUGGGCUUGGAGCACUCCAGCGCUGACCACCCCCACCACGAUUGCCUCAACGUCACCCAGCUGCUGCUCAGCUUCGGGCUGGACGCGGGGUCUCAGCUGACGCCGGAACAAUUCACCCUCCUCUGCCCGGCCCUGCUCUACCAGAUCGACAGCCGCGUCUGCAUCCAGCACCGCGACGAGGUGACGCUGCUGCCCCCGGGGGGGGCCCUCUGGCCAGCAGUGGGUUGGGGUCUCCUGGCUGUGGUUGUGGUCAGCCUGCCCUCCGCCAUGGCCGUGCUCCUCGUCCCGCUCCUGAGCCGCGGCUCCUUCCGCUCGCUGCUCUCCUUCCUGGUGGCCCUGGCCGUGGGGACGCUCUGCGGGGACGCCCUGCUCCACCUCUGGCCCCACGCCCAGGGGAGGCACCAGGAGACGGCGGCAGAGCCGGGGGCCGCGGUGCUGCAGGGGUUGGCGGUGUUGGGGGGCAUCUACCUGCUCUUCCUGGUGGAGCUGCUCCUGGGGGUGCUGCGGCGGAGCCGGGAGACCACGGGCUGCUCCCCCAGGGAGACCCCUGACACCAACAUGGGGGUCCUGGCACGGCCACAAGGAGGGGCUGAGCUGCGGCACCUGACGGAACCAGAGGCAGAGCUGGAGGUCAGGCCCCACGGACACCCCCACGGACACUACUCCCACGGACACUCCCACUGCCCCACGCUGCCCCCCAGCCCUGGGGCCACCGAUGUGGUCUGGAUGGUGGUCCUGGGGGAUGGGAUCCACAACCUGACGGACGGUCUGGCCAUCGGUGCCGCCUUCUCCCACAGCCUCUCGGGUGGGCUCAGCACCGCACUGGCCGUGCUCUGCCACGAGCUGCCCCACGAGCUGGGGGACCUGGCAGUGCUGCUCCGGGCGGGCACAGCCCCCCGCACCCUCCUGCUCCUCAACCUGCUCUCAGCUCUUCUCUCCUGCCUGGGGGCAGCCGUGGGGGCAGCCGUGGGGCAGAGCGCGACCCACCUCACCCCCUGGAUCCUCACCAUCACUGCUGGCAUCUUCCUCUACGUGGCCUUGGCUGACAUGCUCCCCGAGGCGGUGCGGGGGCACGAGGGUCCCAGCCAGGGCACCUGGAGCCGAAUCCUCCUGCAGAACGUGGGCUUCCUGGUGGGCAGUGGCAUCAUGGUGGGCAUCGCCCUGGCUGAGGGGCACCUCCGUGCCUGGCUCCAGCCCUGAGCGGCCCCUGGGGCUCAGCCCCCCCUGCCCACCCCCCCGAGGAACCGGAGGCAGCGGCAGCCGAGCUGGAGGGACACGGGACCCCCAAAUGUGUCCCAGGACUGGACUUUCUCCCUGUUCCACCAUCCCUGUAGCUCACACCUCUCCCCACUGCCCCAUCCCUGAGGGGAUGGGAUGUGGGGUCCCCUCGGUGCCCCAUGUCCAGGGUGGGGGGCACACGGCGCUCCCUGGGGUGGGACAGCAUUGGGGUGCUGGGGGUGUUUGCCCAGUUCUGGGGGGAAGCCAGAGCCUUUCCCCUUUCCCCCCCCUCCCCAGACCAGCUGCUGGCAGAGAAAGGAGGCCAGGAGGUAGAAGCAAUAGCAUUUUAAUAAACAUAAUUGAUUCAAAG